GUGAAAUCGGAAGUAUAUCAAGUCUGCAGCUCGUUUGUUCAAAGCAUUUUAAAACGUCCACUACGACUGUGCAUUGUGAUUUUUUUUAAACAUUUUAUUUUAUUGUAACUAGUGAUAUUUUUCAACCAUUCUAACACGGUUUUAUUAACUUAGAAGUCAACUGGACGUCGCGUGUACAUGUCGAUAGUUCUAGUUAGAUACCUAACCUAACCGUUACUCAGCCGUGCAAAACCGGGCUCAGCAUAGCGUAUUUUAUACCACAUCCAACGAUAUGACGACCACGACCACGACCACGAUGGGGCGACCGGUGGUCAUCGUACCGUGUCUACUGGUGUUGCUCUUGUCGGCGGUACGUGCGGGUCAUUCCGUUCACGAUUCGGACGACCAUUAUAGCGUGCCCAGCUAUCAUUUUAACUACGGCGUCAAGGACUUGCACACGGGUGAUCUGAAGAGCCAAUGGGAACGCCGCGAGGGCGACGUCGUCAAAGGUUCGUACAGUCUGAUGGAACCGGACGGCAGCAUAAGGACGGUGGACUACACGGCCGACAGCCACAACGGGUUCAACGCGGUGGUGACCAAGAGCGGCCACAGCGUCCACCCGAGCGGACACCAUUACCAGCAGCCGGCGGCGUUCAAACCGUCACCGCCGUCCAAGUACCCGCCGCCACUAAACCGCUACUACCCGCAGCAGCAGGUGCAGCAGCAACAGCAGCACCAAAAGGCCGUCGCGUCCGUCGACUACAUCGCGUACCUCAACAACGGCCUGGACGCCGCCGCGGCGUACGCGUCGCCAAAGUACUACUCGCCCGCCCCGCAGGCGCCUUCGCCCAAGCACUACUAUCCCGCCCCUAAAUACUACUAUUACCCGGCGGCAGGCCCGUCGGCCGAACCUCUUCUCCCGUCGCCGUCGUCCACGGUGUCGGCGUUCGUCGCCAAAUCCGGGCCCGUCCUGUUCCCCGCCGACAACUCCACUUCGGCCGCUUCGGACAGGCCGUCGCCUUCGCCCACGCCCAUAACUUUGCUCAAGUACGAACCCGAAACCGACAACGGGCAGUUAUACGGUGAUUAUUACACGUGAGCCUGUCCGCGCACCAUCUUCGCCCGUGUACAUAAAAAUAACGAAUAAGUCCUUUAAGCGAGUCCGCGCCUGCCUAAGUCUUGGUUGCUUUCAAAAUUGUGCUACUUCCACAAUUAAAAUUCAAAAACGGAUUUCAGUAGAUUUCGUUCUGUUCCACACUAUGGUAAUAUUUCUCAAGUGUCAGCUUCUGCCAAAAUCAAAAAUACUCAAACGAAACAACACAGCCGUCGCUUAAACAAAUCGCGUGACCGCACAAUAAUAAAUUAUUAUAAUAUCCCAUAAAUGUAUAAGGUAAAAACCGAAGGGAGGGGGAAGGGGGGAUAAUCGAGCCAAAUAUACAAUUGUUUUUAAUUUAUGUAUUUCUAUGUAGUGAAACUUAAUAUAGUAUAUUAUAAAACUAGUUUGAUCGUAGCGUUAACGUGUAACGAAGUGCAAUAUUUUUUUUUUUUGUUAUUACAUUUAAGCUUAAU